GCUUCCAGCGCCGAGAGCUGGUCGCAGGCUUGUGACGUAACCAAGUCAUGGCGGAGAGGAAGAGAAGGGCGAAAAGUAGCAGUAGCAGCAGCAGUAGUAGUAGCUCUAGCGGCGGCUCCAGCAGCGGGGACGAGGACAGGGUGCCCAAACGUGACGAAGCUGAGGAUGACGAGGCUGAGGGCUGGGUGGGGCCGAUGCCCGCUGAGGCCUCCCAGAGCAAGAAGAGGAAAGGUGAUUGCUAGCUCUGCGGCUCAGGGUUUAACACACGUAUUAAUCAUAAUAUAGAGCUGGGAAUUAUAUGGGGCUCAUUGUCCCUGUGGGCUGCAUUUGUUUCUCUUGAUGCUACAUCACGAGACUGACUGGAGUGUCAUGGGAUAAGCAGUCCCCACAGGCUAGCCAGCCACCCCCUGGCCAGAAACCGGCCGGCCACCCCCUGGCCAGGAACCCGGCCGGCCACCCCCUGGCCAGGAACCCGGCCGGCCACCCCCUGGCCAGGAACCCGGCCGGCCACCCCCUGGCCAGGAACCCGGCCGGCCACCCCCUGGCCAGGAACUCGGCCGGCCACCCCCUGGCAAGCUAGCUGAACGUAUUCAGUACCUUCAAGUGAGCGGCACGUGUGGCUUCCUAUUCUUUGUAAUGAUAUGGUAGAACAAGAAAGACUGUGCCUGAGAUCUAGUCUUACUACAGGUAUUGUUGGACUACAUCUCAGACGGCCAGAGCAUCACUUUUUUUUUUUUUUUUUUAACUCUUUAAGCUUUAGCUUAAUGAAGCAGUUUUGGUGUAUAGAACAUGCCCCUGCAGGCUCACUGCUCAAUUCUCUGCCGUGCAGGCGUUAAAUUACUUUCUAUAUUUAUAAAAUAUUUUACAAAUUACUUUGUUUAUAUAUUUAUAAUAUUUUAUGCUGCACAUCUCCCUGCAUGUGACUUACACAGCCUUCCUAAACACUUCAUCUAAGAGUCAUCUAACGUUUUCAAUUCCUUUAUUGCAAAUUCUCUUUUGUUUUGAAUAUCAGAUCAGAUCCUGCAGUAACCUCCUGUAUGUCAUUAAAGGGACACUGGCACCCAGACCACUUCAGCUCAUUGAAGAGGUCUGGGUGCUGUGUCCCUUUUGCACCUACAUUACAUUACUUACAUUGCAGCACUAAGUCUGCCCACAGUGGCUGUCUACUAGACAACCACUGGGGGCGCUUUCGGAAUCGUAACAAACUUUUGGUCAGUUAUCUGACGCUGGACGUCCUCAGAUUUUCCCCAUAGGAAAGCAUUGAUUGCUCUCGCGGCAUUAGUCCCCUGACGGAGCUUCGACCCAGCGCCGAGGGACAGCGGUGCUGGGAUAAGGUAUGUAAAUAAAAGGUUAUUAACCCUUUAUUUGCCGGGCUGGUGGGGGGCGCAAGGGAGGCAGAGGGAUCGGUAGUGCCAGGAAUACAGCUUUGUAUUCCUGGCACUAGAGUAUCCAUUUGAAGCUCAGUUUAUAGAGCAGGAGAUAAAAACUAUUAAAGGACCACUAUAGUGCCAGGAAAACAUACUCGUUUUCCUGGCACUAUAGUGCCCUGAGGGUGCCCCCACCCUCAGGGUCCCCCUCCCGUGGCGCUCAAGGGGGAGAAGGGGUUAAUCUCUGAAACUGCUAUGUUUACAGCAGAAAGGGUUAGUCCUAGAUGGACCAGGCACCCAGACCACUUCAUUAAGCUGAAGUGGUCUGGGUGCCUAUAGUGGUCCUUUAAAGUUGCCAUAUAUACUCGAGUAUAAGCCGACCAGAAUAUAAGCUGAGGCCCCUAAUUUUACCACAAAAAACUGGGAAAACUUAUUGACUCGAGGAUAAGCCUAGGGUGGGACAUGCAGCAGCUACUGGUAAAUUUCUAAAUAAAAUUACAUUAAUUGAAUAUUUAUUUACAGUAUGUGUGUAUAGAAUGAAUGCAGAGUGUGUGUUUGUGUGUGUAUAGAAUGAAUGCAGAGUGUGUGUUUGUGUGUGUAUAGAAUGAAUGCAGAGUGUGUGUUUGUGUGUGUAUAGAAUGAAUGCAGAGUGUGUGUUUGUGUGUGUAUAGAAUGAAUGCAGAGUGUGUGUUUGUGUGUGUAUAGAAUGAAUGCAGAGUGUGUGUUUGUGUGUGUAUAGAAUGAAUGCAGAGUGUGUGUUUGUGUGUGUAUAGAAUGAAUGCAGAGUGUGUGUUUGUGUGUGUAUAGAAUGAAUGCAGAGUGUGUGUUUGUGUGUGUAUAGAAUGAAUGCAGUGUGUGUGUGUUUGUGUGUGUAUAGAAUGAAUGCAGUGUGUGUGUGUAUAGAAUGAAUGCAGUGUGUGUGUGUAUAGAAUGAAUGCAGUGUGUGUGUUUGUGUGUGUAUAGAAUGAAUGCAGGGUGUGUGUUUGUGUGAAUGCAGUGUGUGUGUAAACUGGGUGAGGGCAUUUUAAUAUUAUAUUAUUUUAAUUUUAUUUUAAUAUUUUGCAUAUUUUUUUUAAAUGUUUUUUUGUCCCCCCUCCUGGUCAGGCAACAAGCUUGAGGGAGGGGACAAAAAUUGCUCUAAAUAUUAAAACAAUAUCUCUAAUAAUAUUGCUUGAAUCCCUGGUGGUCAGUGGGGGCUGGCAGUGAGCUGUUACUUACCUUCCUGCAGCUCCUGUCAGCUCCGUUCUGCUUACAGUGUAAGUCUACAUACGACACCCAGCGGGUCUCUCGAGACUUACACUGUAGCAAAACGAGCUACAAGGAAGGUAGUAACAGCUAAGCUAUCAGGCACAACAAGAACACGCCCAGGGCUAUGAGCCCGGUACUGGUCUGUAUUAUGGCAAUGUAAGUUGCCAUAAUACGAACGAUGACCUAGAGGUAUAAGCCAAGUAGGGGUUUUUAGCACAAAAAUGAGUAUAUCACGGUACAUCUGCAUCAGUUACACGUAGCCUAAAUGUCAGUAGAAAACUCAGAGACCGAUCUAUACACAAAUGAACAAAGUUGUUUUUCAUUGACUAAGUCCGUGACACGGUAAAAUAUUCAGUGUAAGCAAGGGUUUCACUUCCUUUGUUGGCUUAUGAUUUAAAAGUCACUGAAUUUUUAUGUUUAGACCAGAAUAUCAGAACUGAAUUAAAAGCGUACCGGCAGACUUGGAAGAAGUCCGAUUUCAUUGAAUAUAUCUGGUUGGUGCUACUUUAUAUAUUGCACACUAUCCAAAUGCAGAUGCAUGGCUUUGCAAUAAAUAUGGCACCAGAUAUGCUUUAAAUUUAAAAUUAGUUUGUUCAUGUGCCACAUAAUAUAUACAAAAUGAAAAAAAUUACACUAGUUAAACAAAUCGCUUUUCUAACAAUCAAGAAGGAGCAUAACAUGCAAAACACACAGCAUACUUUAUUUAGUUAGACAAUUGCCUACCUGUGUUUUAUUUUUUUAAUUGCCCAAUUUUGUACUUCUGCAUUUUAUAGCAUAAAAAUGCUGACGUGAAACAAGUCUUUAAUGCUAGAUUGGGCAGCCAAAAGUGCAUUGAUUUUUCCCUUUUUUUUUAUUAUUUAUUUUUAAAGGUUUGUUUUUAAUACAAGAAUUAUAAGCCAUGCCUCAAGUCAAUUCGGCAAUCCAGCAGUUCAAAUCAAACAUGGAUAAAUUGCUGAUACAAUACAUUGGUUUUGAUGUGAAUGAGGGUUAUCCACGCUUUUGGUGUUGUGGGGGAUCGAGGGGGUAUAGGAAGGCUAGACUGAGUGGUCGGGCGGUAUUCCCAAGGAGCUUGAGCUGUGUCUCAUGAGUACCGAUCCAGUCGAACAGUACCUAUUGGGGGAGGGACUGCCCUCCAGGAAUGGGGUAGUUGAUGUCCCUCCCUGAUGUGGGUUGCUGCAUGAGCGCAAGUGUUGGCUUGGAGGUAAGAGAAUAACGAUAAGUAGGUAAGAGUAACAGGAUGAGAGAAAUGGUAAACAAAGAAAUGUUUGAAAAGGACUGGUCCCUCCCCCGGGGUGGUGGGGGAAGGUGGAGAGAAGGAAGGAAGCAAGAGAAGAAGAAAAAUGGGAGGCGGGGAGAAGGUGGGUUGGAUCAAGGAAAGGUGUGGGUUAAGGUUUCUCUUCUGCAGGCACUCAAGGAAGCAUAGCGCAGUUAUUUCCAUUUUAUUUUAAAGGUACAUUUCAGCUUGAUGUCUUUACAUUUUUACAGUUUAAUUUUGUUUUCUUUCUCCCCCUAGUUCUGGAAUUUGAACGAGUGUACUUGGACAAUCUCCCAAGUGCAUCAAUGUAUGAGCGUAGCUACAUGCACAGAGAUGUCAUAACUCACAUUGUGUGUACAAAGUAAGUCCGUAUUCAUGUAUUUUUUUUUAUUUACACAAAUGUACUUAUUAGAGAUGAUGAAGUCUCCUGUAUUCUAAUUUAUUGUGGGGAGAAAAAUUUAUUUCUUCUUUUUGGGCUUAACCCCUUAAGGACACAUGACAUGUGUGACAUGUCAUGAUUCCCUUUUAUUCCAGAAAUUUGGUCCUUAAGGGGUUAAUCUGGUUGAUUUGUACUCUGCAAUGGUGAGUAUUCUCAUUGGUUAUUUUGGAGGUAUUUGGCUUCUGGCACUCACCUCUAUGCUCUCUGCAAGUCCAUUUAUACUCUGUUGAUUAAGUAUGUUUGUUUGGAGAUAUGAUAUUGUGCCUUAUCAUCCUCAUCUAAACUUUAAUGCAGUGAAUAAUCAUAAUAAAUCUGUGUAUAGAUAUGUAGAGACUCUGUAAUUCGCAUGGGUGAUGUCUAUUAACUUAUAUCAUUUGAGAGGAGUCAUCUUGUGAGUGACAGUUUCAUUCUCUUCAGCAAUUGCCUUGCAGGGGUUUAUCUGUUGCACUUUACACUGUAUUAUAAUUAUGCAGCACUAUGGAGAAUUGGGAAGGCAUCACAACUUCUUCAUGUCUUAUAUUGUUCUUUUCAGGACAGACUUUAUAAUAACUGCCAGCCAUGAUGGGCAUGUUAAAUUCUGGAAGAAAGUGGAAGAAGGAAUUGAGUUUGUAAAGCAUUUCCGCAGCCAUCUAGGUAAGUUUCCGUGGCUGCUCUCUGCUUCUUUGUUUCCCUUUUUAGUAGUGAUUUUAUAUAAAACAUCCAUGUAUUUAUUGUAUUCCUUACUUCCAUAGGGUUAUUCACUAUAUUGAGAACUGUUGGGAAUUCAAAGGGAAUUUCAAGUUUAAACUCAAAGUAGCCAAGCUGGAAGCAUAACUGGCUUAGGGAUUUGUUCUGGUUUGUCUAUUUUAGCUUUAAAUGUAUAUUGAAUUGUCACUUUAUUGACUAAACAUGCUAUAUAUGCAUCAGACCACAAAACAAGCCAAGUCUGGUUUCUGGUCAUUGUUCCUUUUGGAUCAUAUUCCACGUUUUGAUUAAAACAAAAAAUUUGUUUAAAACCACAUCAACUGAUAGUUAUCUGCAGAAAUACAGGGUGAAGUCUUGAAACACAAUGUCUGUAUUUAUUUCUAUUUCAAGCUGGAAAUUCUGAGAUAGUUGUGAAAUCACUGAUUUCUCAUUUUUGGUGAUCUAUGUCUGGCAUUUAUUUUUGCAUGUGAUGACCAUUACGAAUGCAAUGAGAGCUUUAUCUAUGCAUUAAGUAUUGCAGGCAGUAUUCAUGUAGAACACGGACAGGAUCAUUUUCUAAAGUUUAAGGUAAAAUAGCCCAACUGGAAAACAAUCUUUCAGCUUUGCUUCCCGUUUGGCUACUCUGGCCAUACAUUUAAACUUAAAAUUCACUUUAAAUUCUCACUUUAGUAAAUCUGUCUAUGUUAUGGAUUCUUUGAGUCAUGUUGUAAAUUUUAAGUGGGCAAAUAAUUGAAAAGUGUUAAUCGGUCUUGGCACCUAAAAUCAUCUACAGCAAGCCAGUAUGUCUCCCUACUGGGUAUUUUUUUUUUUUCUUCUGUCAUACAGGUAAUAUUGGUUUAGGUUUCAGAGGAAGUGAGGCUUCUCCCAAAAUACAUUUUAUUAAAGCACGUCCCCAGUGCAGCUUUGUGUUCAUGCUUUUCUUAUUGAUCAAUGUUUUAUUUAUUUAUUUAUUUAUUUAUUUUAAUUUGGUGUAAUUUUUGUAUUAUUGUUGCAGGAGUGAUUGAAAGCAUUGCAGCUAGCACUGAGGGAGCCCUUUUGUGUUCGGUUGGAGAUGACCGAGCUAUGAAAGUCUUCGAUGUUGUGAACUUUGACAUGAUUAACAUGCUGAGACUUGGGUACGUUUUGUAUUCUGCAUUUUAUGUAAUCUGAUGGUUUCCAAAUUGAGGUUCACCUGCAGAGUGGAGUGUAAGCAACUGUUUCCUUGUAAGUAACUCCAUUAUUGGUAUGUUAUUGGUAAAAUAUAUAUAUAUAUAUAUAUAUAUAUAUAUAUAUAUGUGUGUAUGUAUGUAUUUCACAACUCUUUCUCAAAUACUCUGAUUCUAUUAUGUGAAGGACACAGCUACCUUUAUUGUUAAUUGCUCAGUCCAGACAAGACUUCAUUCUAUUACCCAAUUUUAUGGUACUCAUUUUAUUGACCUUGGAAGGGUAAAAGGUUGACAUUGUGGGCUAUAGAACCUGUGAGUUUGACAUAUUCCACAUGGAAAUAAUUAUAUUAGAAUGUUUGACAUUUGGCUAUACUUAAAAAGGAAAAAAAUAUGGAAUGGGGAAAUCUUAUGAAGUACAUGCAAAAAACUAUUUGAAUGGAACUUUUUUUUUUUUUCCCUCUUCACACCUGUAAGUGAACAUUAGAUGUCUUAUAUUACAUUAUUUUAGAACAAUCUUUAUAAUUUACUAUUAAAAAAAUGCAUACUUAUCAGCUUGCUUGUUUAUUAAAGAAAACUCUACCGUCCUAGAACCCGUAGAUGUAGUGACCACUUGGAACACUGGAGACACUAUAACAACUUCAUCUUAUUUAAGUUAUUGUGCCAUAAUUCUGUCCCUUUUGUUCUUAUCCACCAUUGUGUGGUAUUUGGGCUUAAAAGUGCAGCUUCUAGCUAUGCCUCCAAGCCCCUGUACAGUAUAUCUCUUGGUUCUCAGACCAGCUCAUACCAGAGUUAGUGAUGUGAGCAUGCUUGAUGAAGUUGCAGGCAGUGCUUCUCUUAGAGGUGCAUUAAAUGCAGUAAUUCUUAUAUUCAUUUGAUUGGCCAUCACAUGGGACUUAGGUCAACAAUGCUUCACUGUGAGAAGCAUUGGAUUGGACCAAAGUCACCACUCUUAAUGAAGUCACAGGAAGCAGAAAGGACUGUGAGGGAAUUGCUAUUGGUGAUGGAAUAAAAGUAAGUAAAAGUUAUUUUGGGUGCAAAGUAGAGCCCUGAAAUGUAAAUAACUACAAGGACACAGCAGAGUUGGAAGAAGGAGAAAAAAAAGUUUAUCAAAGUAUGUUAUCACCAUAGGAUAGUGGUGGUCACUCUUCGGCAGUCAGCUAUUGCAGAUUACACUUUUAAUGACACCCAACCAGAGUAAUAUUCUGUUAACCAUCUUAUAACAUUGCACUAUAUUUUAAUGACUAUUUUAUUUAUUUUUAGCUAUCAUCCUGGUCAGUCAGAAUGGAUUUAUUGUCCUGGAGAUGCAAUUUCUGCUGUGGCUUGCUCUGAGAAGAGCACAGGAAAGAUUUUUGUGUAUGAUGGCCGAGGAGACCACAAGCCGUUACAUGUGUUUGAAAAGCUUCACUCCUCUCCUCUAACUGCAGUCCGGCUUAACCCAAUGUACAAAGUAGUUGUCUCCUCAGAUAAAUGUGGGAUGAUUGAAUACUGGACUGGUCCUCCAAGAGGAUACAAGUUUCCCAACAAUGUCAAUUGGGAGUUCAAGACUGACACGGAUCUUUAUGAGUUUGCUAAAUGCAAGGCAUAUCUUGCAAGUAUAAGUUUUUCGCCAGAUGGCAAAAAGAUGGCCACUGUUGGAUCUGAUCGAAAAGUUCGGAUAUUCAGGUUUUUGACUGGCAAACUUAUGCGGGUGUUUGAUGAAUCUUUAAGCGUAAGUAAUAGUUUGUCCAAAUUUAUUGCCAAUUCUUUUCUCGUGCCCAUGUAAUUUUUUUUUAUUUUUUUUUAACACCUUCAUUUGCCACAUAGUCACUUUUACUAGUUACCAUCCAUCUCCUGUAAAUGUAGACUUCUUUCUAUGAAUCUUAUAAGAGGGGGAAAAUACUUACAAGGGAGUAGAACCUGACUCUGUAGACACACUAGGUUGUGGCUCCUUCAAUCUUUUAUGUACAAAUUAGUUCAUAUAGUAUUUUUGACCAGUGUUGCACAAUUUCAUAGACAGCAGUUCACUGGUGAAACACUUGAGUACUUCUGGUGAUUGAACCAAGGUGCUAAAUAGUCUGCUGUCUCUCAUCCUUUCUGCGACCUAGCUGGAGGUAAUUGAUGGGAGACGCUGCUGGUUUGCUUAUGAUGUUUCUAAUCUGAGUCCAGAUUAAAUAGUCGGUCUUUUUUACCCCUUGGGCUGGUGGUGGUUAUUCUGGUCUAGACAGAUUAAAUGAAUGCAUUGUGCCAAGCAGAAUUCCCUUCACCACAUUAGUGCACAAUGCACCAAAAAAGCUGCAGUUUAUUAAAUGAGUUCUAGGGGAGCCCCAUUGCCGAUAUCAGUCUUUUGACUGUAUUUUCGUUAGCUUCCUGCAGAGGGUCUACUCUAGGGCUGCAGUUAAUGCCAAUCGGGCCAUACCCCAGAGGCCUACUAAGACAACUUUACAACAGCAUGCUGGACUCAUAGCAUUGGCAGAGACACUGUUCCAUAUUGCAAUUGCAUACCUCCUCCCUUAAUCUCUUUGCACAGGUGGGAAAGACAUCAGACAUAGUGUCACCUGAGGGGGGUUAAAUCUAGGAUCUUUUUAGUAGAAGACACUACCAAGGCCAUCCUCAACACAUAAUAUAGAGGCCUGGUGCCCAUUGACGUAGCUGGAGAUAUGAAAAUUCCCACUCUAGCACCACGAAUGCCAGCAGAUCCUAGAGGGUUUGCCUUUCUCUAUAAGCCUGCUGGUUUCCAUUUGAGAGGAUAUUGGUUAAGGAGUGGAGUCUCCUGUGAACUGUGAUUCCAAAUUGGUUGAUCUACAUUGGUUUACAUAUAACGUACAUUGUUAUGUGCAUUCUCAGUAUACAUCUGAUAAGCUUGAUUUGGGAUUUUUUUAGGUGACUGUGUUGACUGUUUAUAGUUUUUGGUUUUCUCAUAGACCUUCAAAUACUAUGCUGUUCUAUGUCUUCUAUGAUCUUCCGUACAGUAGGUGUUUCUUACAUGAACAGCCACAGUGUUUUAAUAAGCCAUAUCAUCAUUAUACUAUGUUUUAUUUUUCAUCAUUGAUGCUAUCUGGAUGGUCUUGCAUUAAAGGGAUACAGUAGAACCUCUGAACUCCAGAAGACUGUUGGUUACGAUUUUGUUAGAGAACUGAAUCAACAUUUCCCAUAAGAAUUUAAUGUAAAUUUGAUUAAUCUGUUCCAGAACCCCAAAAUUACAGCAUUUUAACACACAUUUUACAGUUUAAUAAUGCCUUACAUGCAUAAAAACAUCUAGGAAAAAAAAUUAUAAACACAAUGUACAGGAAAUGAAAAUGUAACUUCACUUUACCUGUAAUGAUGAGAGUUGAUGGCGUAAGUGGAAAGAAGAUAUAUUUUUGCUUGGAUGGGGAUAGGUAACUGUUCUUCUGGCAUUUAAAAUGUGUCUAAAGUGUAUAUAAUUGAACAUGUUUGUGGCUCGCCCCCUAUCCGCCUUUUUUAAUGAGACCGUCAGAAUUGAUGAUCUGUGCCAAUCACAAUGCUUUACUAUAGGAAACCGCUGGAUUGGCUGAGAUAGUCAAUUCUGGUGAUUUCUGCCAAGGAGGCGUGGCGGAGCCAAGCGCCGACAUGGCCUAUCAGCAUCUCCUCAUAUUGAAUCAGUGUAUCUCUAUGGGGAAAGUUCAGUGUAUGAAUGUCAGUGCUGCAAGUCUGAGCAGUGGCAGCUGGAGGUGUCCCUAUGCUCCGCCCCGCCUCCUUGGCUGAGUUUAUCAAAAUCUACAAUCUCAGCCAAUCCAGUGCUUUCCCAUUGGAAAGCAUUGGGAGGCUCUUGUGCAUGCAUGGUAAAAUGCUGUGCUGCACUAGUCAGUAUCUCCUCAUGGAGAUGCAUUGAAUCAAUGCAUAUCUAUUGGGAACAUUCAGCUUCUUCAUGCAGAGCACAUUGUGCAGCACUGACCCAGGAAGCACCUCUAGUGGUCGUGUGAGUGACUGCCAACUGAAGGUGUUCCUGGGCAGCAAUUUAAACACUGCCUUUUCUCCAAAAAUGCAGUGUUUACAUGAAAAAAGCCUGCAGGGACUGACUAUACUCACCAGAACAACUAUAAGCUAUAGUUUUUCUGGUGACUAUAGUGUCCCUUUUAAUAUAAAACAAAUAAAGAAAAUGGAGCUUUCCAUUGGGGUGGGGGGAGUUAACACAAGUUAUAAGGGAUUUUAAUGGUGUAUUCAGUUGUGUAAAUUCCCUAGAAGUGACAGUUAAUGUUUAAUGCAGCUGUUAUAAAAGCGGUUAUAGUGCCAGUGAUGUACUUGUCUCUUUUAAAUAUUCACCCAUACAUGGCCAUUGUGUUCAUUGAGUGUCUAGUCAUCCUUUUAUUUAAGAAUUCUAUACACCGAAAAUAAACUGGUAGACUAAAAUGGAUUGUCUAAUAACAACUUUUCCAAUCCAACUGGAAUCCUUUAUGACUUCUUGUCUAUCAUAAAAUUACUUUCAAAUUGACUCUGCAUGUUACUAGCUACCUAUUCCAGGAACAAUAUGCGUUCCUGUAUUUAGUUUGCCUGCUGUUUCCAAAUUGUGUUUUGACCUCAAUAAAAACAUGCUGCAUAAACGUGGUUUGCACAAGGGUCUUAGAUUUAAACUAUUUGGUAACAAUUUGCAGAAGUCAUCUGUGACUGAUCUUAAUCUUUCAAGUUUUUGUUUUGUACUAAAUGAAGUCUGUAGUUUUUCAUCCUGAACAAUAUAGUAGGGACACAAGGUCAACAGCAUGCAGCUGCCCUUUUAUCUUGGAGGUGUGGAGGGCCUUUGAAAGUUGCUACAGUGGGAAUUUUCUUUUGUAUUCUGCAGUCUAGCUUGAGAAGAUUGCUCCCUGAUUCUUACCAGAUGCAGUCUUGUUCUUGGUAUGUUUUAUUAUCAUCGUUGCUCCAAAGUAAUUCCACCCUUUGUUCCUUUCCACACUAAUUUUUAGGUAGUAAUGUCUCCGUGGUUAAUCUCGAUCCCACAAGUGUUGAAUAAAGCAAUAACCGCUUUAUCAGCCCUGCUUGAUUGUUUCAUUGAGUGUUUUGAUUCCGAAUUUAUCGUGGAGCUAAACAGUCCUGCAGAAAGAGCCCUAAGGUUUCAACUUUCUAAUCACUCCAAUGGCAAUUCUGUUGAUGACCCUUUUAUUGAUAGUCAGCCAAUAUGUACUUCAUGAAUGCAGCAGGCACAUCUAGUAGUGAUAUAGAUUAGAAAAUCUAUUUCUUUAUAGGGAUUAGCAAAGCUGUCACUUCAAGUUUUAGCUGUCCCUUUAGAACACUGUGUUUGCCUCCAAUCCUGGACUAUUUUUUGACCUUCAGCACUUAUUCGGGGUUAUUAUUAAGGAGACCUUUUGAAAUGCAAACUAUCUGCGUAUUAAUUAGUAUAUUUUGUAUCCAAUUUUAUGAGUAAAGUCACAAUCUUGUGGUGGAGUUCUACUAUAUGUGAACAUUGAUCAUGUAAUAAAAUCCAUAAAAAAAUUUCUGUUGUAGAUGUUUACUGAGCUGCAGCAGAUGAGACAGCAGCUCCCAGACAUGGAGUUUGGGCGACGCAUGGCUGUGGAACGGGAAUUGGAAAAAGUGGAUGCAAUAAAGCUUAUGAAUAUUAUUUUUGACGAGACCGGACACUUUGUAUUAUAUGGCACAAUGCUUGGAAUCAAAGUCAUCAAUGUUGAAACCAACAGGUACGCCAUAUGUACAUGAUUUGGGCAUUAAAGUGCAAGUAGUUUUUGGGGAUUCCUGGGCAAAGAAAAGAGGAUUUUGUUUUCUUUCUAAAAAUUACAUUUAUUUAAUAGUGUAGCUCUAGGAGAUAAAACCUUGAAAUGAAAAUAAAUGUUAUUUACCCACUUGCUUACAUUUUGGCUAACACAUAGAAAAUAUUUUUUUUAAAUGCUGCCAUCUUGUGACAGAUUCCUUUUUAAGCUUUGUCUGGUUCCUUUUUAAUAGAUGACACACAAUUUAUUCUAUGGACCAAUCUUCAUUAAUGCCUUGUUCCAUUGAUCACUUCUAUUUGCAUGUUUAUAGUUAAACAUCAGACAUUUCUGUUUUUGUUGGCACAUAAAAGCUGUUGAAAACAAGGCAUAAGUAUCCAUUUCAACUUGCUUCAAAUAUCUGCUGCUGAUUUUGAUACGUUAAUCCUUUUAGUGUCAAUAAUAUGCUGUACAAGAAGUGUGCAAUAAAUAUAUUUUUGUACAACACCCUAAUUCGGUAACUUUGUUUGGGGUUCCAUUAUUUACCUGAUUUCAUUAAAAAUUAUGUAGUAAUGAUUUCUUCAGCUUUUUCACUGAAGCCUUUCUCUAGUUUUAACAGGGGUCCCAGCUGCUAAGAGAUCCUGCAAAGUUUGUAUAAUCAAGUAAAACAAUUGUCUGCAAAGCUCACUGUCAUCAUUAUUGAGUUGUGUUUUUUCAUCUAACCAUUGUCAACUUGGGAGUGUACUCUGCUGCAUUCAGAAUGGUGUUUAGAUUGAUCUAGGUCUUGUUAAAUUCAGCUUAGUGCUUGACGAUCAAAAUUAAAUUGCAGAGCACAGAGUUAAGUUUACUUGUAAAACAAAAAAAAUAAACUUUUGACUGUUUGAUUCUAAGAAUUGAACACCUUCCAGCAGCUAGUAAGACACACUCCACCAACUUCAAAGUAGAAGGGAGUAUCUGUUUUUACUUUUAGAGCAAUAAGCAUGUUAAAGCUUAUUUCUCCUGGCAGCAGUUGAAACCCUUAGGAAGAAAAAGAAAAAAUAUUAACAUUUGCAAAAGAUCCGUGUGUUCUUUAUGAGGCGAAACAGAGCAUCUUGCCAGAGGUCAGAUAUUAAGAGCAUCCUGAGAGUUCCCAGGCAAUGUGUAAUGUCCAUUAUUAGGGGAUUAGAAGUAGAUUAGUCACUAUGCUACUGUAGGUUUUAUGAAAAAAAUCUGACUCAGCAGAGGGUGAGGUUUUGUUUUUUGGCAGCUGUCACUAGAACUGUCCGGAUUUGUUUGUCUUACAGGUGUGUUCGUAUUCUUGGCAAACAGGAAAACAUCAGGGUGAUGCAGCUUGCCCUGUUCCAAGGAGUGGCUAAGAAGCAUCGUGCCGCUACGACAGUAGAGAUGAAAGCAUCGGAUAAUCCUGUACUCAUGAGCAUCCAGGCUGAUCCUACAAUUGUAUGCACGGCCUUCAAAAAGAAUCGUUUUUACAUGGUUAGUGCUGUCUGUACCGCAUGUUUAAUGUCCAUAGAAAGUCUAUCAAAAACAAGGCAUUGGAGGCUUACAUAAAUAAUCAAGGAGCCACCAUAUCUCACCUUCUUAUUCAUGUGGUGGGUUGGUCGUCACAGUUACAUAAUUGUUGAAGAAUACAUUGAAGAAAGAUUAAAAGAACACCCUUCACUGCAGUUUGCCUCUUCUUUUUAAUGCAUUGAGAAGAUAAGGCAUUACAUAAAAUCGUUAAAGCGGCACUGUCGUGCCAAACUUACCUGUAUUCUAUUGUUUCCUCUCUGAGAAUCUGUUCUUCUUUUCUUAAUUUUUUAUCUAGUUUUCCUUAAAACCUAAGCUAAAGUAUGGGCUACUUUCUUAUGUAUUUUUUUUAUUUUCUACGUUUGACAUUUUGACCAAAGGAGGCGCUUAAGUCAGCUCCUUUUCCUGUGUUAGAGAAAAUACUUACCCUUCUCCUUGAAGGGUAAGUAAUGGAGCUGACGUAAGCUCCUCAUUUGGUCAAAGAAAGCCAAGCGAAGGAAAAAUACAUACAAAGUAAUCCCUACUUUUAUCUUAUGUUUUAAAGAAAACUAGAUCAGAUAUAAAGAAGAGAAGAACAGAUUCUGAGAUGAGAAGAGAAGCGGAAACAAUAGAACAAAGGUACGGCAUGACAGUACCGCUUUAACAUUUCAGUGUUGCUCUUUUUAAUGCAUAUUCCAUGCAUAUUUAGUUAUGACAGAUGACCGUUAACAAUCCAUCCGGUGGUGUGCAAAGUGUCAAGCUGCAUUCUCUAUAUGUUAGAGAUACGCAUGUGUGAGUGAUUCACUUACUUGCAUGAUUGCUUUUCAUUGAUUUCUCAUGAAUGAAUUUGUUUUGGGGUUUUUGUUUUGUAUUAAAAUAUGCAUUUUAUAGUUUGAAGGAUUUUGUUUGAUGUAAAAAAAAUUAAAGAAAAUUGGGGGUUUUUUUUUUUUGUGAAGGACAGGAGAUAUCUGAAGUAUUAUCCUACAAUUACUACUUAUUGAACUUAACAACAUCUUUCACAUGGUUCCACUUUUAAAGAAAGAAAAAAUGCAUUGACGUUUGACCCCAUAUCAAAUGUAGUUAGCAAAACAUCAUGGCAAUUGUAAUUUUGUGGGGGUUCUAAAUAUGGACGCUCUCUGCAUUGAGCCAAGGCUGAUGGUGCAUGGCUUAGCUCAUUUGCUGAAAGUGAUCAACUAAUAUAUUCUCAGUAAGUAAGCUGGCACUACAUGCUAGGGUUUAGCUCAGACCUGCUAAUGAAAGCUCUGUGCAAAAGAAUCCGGUUCUCAGUCGAGGUUGGGGACCAGUGCAUAUACAUUCCCAAACUGUUAGCAAAUGGUUUGACUACUUACAUUUGGGUGGUACCAGGUCACUUCUGGAACCAUAUUUAUGACAACACUCUUGCCCUUGGAGUGAUGCUUUAAAUGACUGACUGUCUUGUUAUGUGCUAUUUAUCUGAUCGCGGAAUGUAACUUCUAGUUUACCAAACGAGAACCAGAAGACACAAAAAGUGCAGAAUCUGAUCGAGAUGUAUUCAAUGAAAAACCAUCCAAGGAAGAAGUAAUGGCUGCCACACAAGCAGAUGGACCUAAACGCGUCUCUGAUAGCGCUAUUAUCCACACAUCCAUGGGAGACAUUCAUGUCAAGCUAUUUCCUGUGGAGUAAGUAUUUCUAAACCAUUCUGUUCCUGGUGAAGUGAGCAAUAGCUGCAAAUUCAGAAGUGAGCUUUGUUGAAUACAACAGCUAAUAAGUUGCUUGCAUACACCCAUCUAUAUAAAACUUAGGAAACGUUUUCCUUAACACUUUCUGCUAACUUGUAAACCCUACAGUUUUAUAAAAAUACCAUAUAAGUAUGGUCAGUUUAUAUAACUAACUGCGUAAAUCCUACAUGUGAUACAAAAAUGUAAUUAAAAAAAAAAAUGCAAAUAUAGGAUGAAUUAAGAAAGGAAAAAAAAUAAAACCUACUGCACGUGGCAUGUAAACCGCAAUUUUUUUAAAUAAUAAAAUGCAUAACAUUGUGUACAUUUCAUAGUACUUGUCUUGAAAUGUUUUCUGCUUUCUAGAGUAGUGGUUCUCCUUAAGUUACACCAAUGAUUGAUGUUUUGUUGGUAUUGUCACUGAAGUAAAAUUAGGAAAUAUCAGAAUCAUGGAUGGCUUGGUGAAUCCUGAAGACUGGGUUAGGCAAUUAUGAUUACGUGUUCACAGUGCCUAGAUUUUCACUGUCCCUAAUGAGAGCACAUGUCUGCAAACUCCUAGUGCGUAGCCUCUGAUGAUUUAAGUAAAGUUUGAACCAAACUAGCAUCUUAUGCAUGUGUAUGACAAAUAAGUCAUAGGCAAGAUAAAGUUUACCGUACAAUAUGUGUUUCAUUGUCUAGAUGGUAAUAUAUUGGUUAUCUAAUGCAGGUGUCCCAAGACAGUGGAGAAUUUCUGUGUCCACAGCCGCAAUGGUUAUUACAAUAGCCAUGUCUUUCACCGCAUCAUUAAGGUAAGAAAGGAUAUAUUGGAUUUGUAAAUUCCAUUAUCCAUUUAAAUGGUUAUUGGUAAUUUGGUGCAGUAGCUCUUUGCUAAACUAUUUUCAUGCAGUUAAAAGAAUAUCAGUUCUCUCCUGGCACUCAAACCUGGCUUUCUGGAAUAAGAAAUACCAAUUUUGUAUUACCUGUACAAAACGUUCCAAACUUGAAUAGGGAAAUGCUGGCCAAGCUCAACUGUAGUGUUUGUUUUCAUUUCUUGCCAUCCAGUUUUGUAUGGAUAGCCAGAAUUGUAAUUUUGGCUCAGGAGGUAGAAUUUUGAUGUGGGGAGAGCCUGCAUUUUCUUGGAUGAUCGUACAGUUUCAUAGAUAACAGAUACUGCACUCAAAGACCUCUACGUUAAAUGCAUUAAAUGUGCCGUGUGUUCUAUAUACCCGGCCUCAGCUUUCCAAAGAAGAAACUGCAAUAAGAUAAAUUACUGCAUUUGGAUUAAGCAUAAAGUGUAACUUGUGUGUGUUUUGUUUUUUCCUGCAUUAGAAAUUGCAAUGUUUGUCACAGUUAUUGCUGUAGUUUAGCAGUUUUCCACUUCCUUGAUACCUGAAAGUUUUUCUGUCCUUGCCAAGAAAUGUAGAGCAGGUUUGUCAAACUUUGGCUAACAGGAUAUCCUUAAACUUCACGUUUCAUAAUUCUGGCAGCUUGGAGAGGAUAAUGGGAGUUAAAGCUUUGACAGGACUGUCAAAAUAACAGCUCCCAAAAUGUUUGAUUAAAAUUCCCACAGUAUUUCAAUUUUUAACAGAAUUUUUAUUUCCCCCCCCCCCACUGUUUUCCCCAUCCACAUCUUUACCUAAUGCAUGGUUUCUGAUACUAAGAUGUUUAACACCUCUAUGUGAAGACUGUAUACUCUUGUUUGUUUCCACAGGGUUUCAUGAUUCAAACUGGUGAUCCAACCGGAACUGGAAUGGGUGGAGAAAGUAUAUGGGGAGGUGAAUUUGAAGACGAGUUCCAUUCGACAUUGCGACAUGACCGACCCUACACCCUAAGCAUGGCCAAUGCUGGGGCAAACACCAAUGGCUCUCAAUUCUUUUUAACAGUUGUGCCAACAGUAAGCAACCUAUUAACUAUGUCAAAAUGUAACAUUUUGUCUUUUAGAACCCACCAGUGGUAAAACCUUUGCUUUGUUUAGAACAUUUAAAAUUGUCUUACUCCUUCUGUUGGUUAAAGGAACACUACAGCAUGAGGAACACAAACCUGUGUCCUUAAAGGGACACUAUAAGGACCCAGAACACUUUUUUACAGUGUUUUAGAUUGCAAGGUUAAAACUACAGAUUGAUUGCACCCAGACCACUUCAUUAAAAUGAUGUGGUCUGGAUGUAUUUAGUUGUCCUUUUAAAGGACCACUAUAGUGCCCUGAGGGUGCCGCCCCCUCCCGCCGGGCUCUAGUGGUGGAAGGGGUUAAAUUAACUUUUUUUUUCUUCAGCGCCGGGCAGGGGACUCUCUGCCUCCUCCUCUUCCUCCUCAUCGUCUGAAUGCGCAUGCGCAGCCAGCCAGUCCAUAGGAAAGCAUUCUCAAUGCUUUCCUAUGGACGCUGGCGUCUUCUCACUGUGAAAAUCACCGUGAGAAGCACGGAAGCGCCUCUAGCGGCUGUCAAUGAGACAGCCAAUAGAGGCUGGAUUAACCCUAUUGUAAACAUAGAAGUUUCUCUGAAACUGCUAUGUUUUUAUAGAAGAAAGGGUUGAUCCUAGCUGGACCAGGCACCCAGACCACUUCAUUAAGCUGAAGUGGUCUGGCUGGUCCUUUAACCCCUUAAGGACACCUGACAUGUCAUGAUUCUCUUUUAUUCCAGAAGUUUGGUCCUUAAGGGGUUAAGCAAUUUUCUGCACAAUUCUAACCUAUUAUUGGCCUGUUAUUAAGAUCUGCUUUGUAUACCAUUAAACCAUAGUGUAGUUUUUCUCUCUUAUACAUUGAUUGUUGUAGCUAAUCACAGAGCAGCAGGAAAUGUGACACAAGCUACAGCAAUAUCCGCUCCAUGUGAGAGCCAAUGUAAGUGUAUAUUAAACUGGUAAACACCUUACUUGUAGCAGCUUGGAGGAUGAACGUCAUAGGAGAAGGUGGAGAUGACUAUAUUGUAGUACAGGUUUUGGCAACUGCACUCCAGAUGUUGUGUACCGUAAUGCUGGCAAAGCAUCAGGAGAAAUGUGGUCCACAGCAUCUGGAGUGCCAAUGGUUGUCUACCUACUGAUGUAGUUUAAAGCUGUAAGUAAUGCAUACUAACAGAAGUCAGGAAGAUUUUACCAGGCAACACUCGGUAUAUAAUGCUUUUAGUACAGUGUCCUUUUAUAAUAUUAAAAGAUAAAAUGUACUUAUGGUUUCACGUUGGUGAUAGUGCCAGUGGGCAGCAUUGAAAAAUAAAGGUUUAAUGGGUUUUGCACUUGGUAGAGAGUGCAGAGCCUUUCAAUUAAUCCAAGUUACACAUGAUGUGACAGGCGAAGAAGCCUGCUGGUCUGCAGGAGCCUCCUAAUGAACAUUAGAACGUAAUACUGUGCUUUUUGAACGUUACUACUGACAUGACUUUUCGAGUAUGCAACUAAGAGAAAGGAAAAAAAGACUUCCUUUAAACUUGCUACAUGAAUUUGAAUACAGUCAUUUUUGUUAUAUGUAAUGUCCUGAUAAUUCAGAUUAAUUGUUUUGGUAAUGGUGGUAAUGCUUUUCUCAUGGAGUUUAAAUUAGUAAGUAUUCAGUGUGAGUGAUGAACAUGCUGAUUUUCUUUCAUUAUUUACAUUAGACCUGAUCUGUUAUUUAUUUCCAAAAACCAAUGUCCCUACAGUGAAAAUUAAUAUAUUUUAUUUUUCUCUCCGUACUGUCCAAGGCCACCAAGUGCUUCUAGUCUAGUUCUAAUAGUACUUUUAAAACCGUAAGCAUUAAAAGCCACUCUGAUUAACCCCUUAAGGACCAAACUUCAGGAAUAAAAGGGAAUCAUGACAUGUCACACAUGUCAUGUGUCCUUAAGGGGUUAAAGUAAAACUACUUUGCUAAGGGUGUUAUUUGUUUACUUAUGGUUUGCUGUACAUGAAAAAUUUAUUCUUGCCUCCGCAAACUGACAGGAUCAAACUUAAAAAAAUGUUAAUACAUUCCAUGUUUUUGUCAGAGAAUUGAUUAGAUAACCUCCUGCCUUGUUAAUGGCUGCUUUCCAGUAAGGGAUUACAUGGCUAUAGACCCCCUGUAGUCAGACUGAGCCCUGACAUACAUCUGUUUAUACAGAUCGUAAGGUAUUUGCAGCACUGUAGGAUUUAUAUAGCUGGUGUUACAUAUAUUAGUAGUACUGGUGCUAAGUACUACUAAACGGAAACAAUUGCUGUAGAAAGAAAGAAAGGGGGAACAUUUUUCAAAUGUUACUUUUGCAUAUUUACCUCAGUAUUUCUUUUAAAGAAUAAAAGGAGGUUGUGUUUGGUUUUUAAUUGUUACAAACCACAAGAAUGUGUUUGGAGCUGUUAACAUGAGAAUUCUAAGAUCAUCUGUAUUGAUAAUCUAAUUCCAAGAACACCAUUAUCCAAAACAGACAGUGUUAUUUAGAUCUAUAUGAAACCUAAUAUCGAACUUUCUUAGUUAAGACCGUUUUUAAUCAUUAGUACAGUUAUCCUAUUGUUAACUGAAUAUUUGGUUACUGGUGUUGCAUCCAUAGUUUGAACAGUUAAGUGCUAUCCUGGAAUGAAUGAGUUUAGUAGGAUGUGAGCUGCUGUAUGAGAGGAGGAGCAGAGCGAUGCAGUCUACCUAUACAUAGUGCAGGAUUGUCCACUAGUUGAUACAGUCUGGUGAUACGCAAUGCAAGAGUAGCCACAUGUUUACAUAGCCUGCUGUUAUACAGCAUGGUAAAUUCUACACAUCAGUGCAGCCUAUGUAAAGUUAUCCAAUUGUACAGCGCUGUGGAAUAUGUUGGCACUUUAUCACCAGUAAUAAUAAUCUCCGAGACUAGCACCAGGUGGGAAUCUUAUAAGCAUGGUAUUUGCGUUAUGGCCCUUGGUAAUCUUUCUAAUGUCAGGAAAGUGGGAUUGAUAGGGUGCAGAUGUUGGGACAGAAAUGGCCAUUACAAAAUAACACUAGGCUGGAGAAAUUUGCCAGUUUGGCUGUUACCACAUCAUAACUCUUUCCCUGCAAAGGAUAACAUCAAGGUUGUGUAAAAAAAAACCAAAAAAAAAAACUUGUUUUUGACUUGGCCCCUUCUGAAAUCAAAAUGAAUUUUUAAAGACCACACAGUAGGCCACUUUCUUUUUACUUACUUGGUCUUCUUAGAAACAGAACUCACAUGUGCAUGUAAAUCAGCAAUUUCAGUGCCCACAUUGCUUUAACUCAAAGAAUAAUCUUAUCUCCAGAAUGUUACUGUAAUGCUCAUUCCUCCCUUGGUGGUGAAGGUAAUGUGGUGUCUGAAAGCUAAAACAUUUUCCCUUUUGACAGGCAAGUGUCUGGGUGUACUUUAAUGACGCAAGCUCUCUCAUGGGAUUAUGUAACUGUCUGCUUCUUUUUCCUUCACAGCCUUGGCUUGACAACAAACACACUGUAUUUGGGCGAGUUACUAAAGGAAUGGAAGUGGUCCAAAGAAUCUCAAACAUCAAGGUUAACCCGAAGACGGAUAAGCCUUAUGAAGACAUCACGAUAAUUAGUAUAACUGUUAAAUAAGUUUGUGUUUAAUUAUAUGAAGUAUGUACAUAAUUAUUAUUUUUUUCUUUUUCUACUGCUCUUGGGAAUGAAUGGAAAUAUUGGUCUUGAAAUCGUGAAAAAAAAAUGUCCUUAAUAAAUUUUAAAUGUGACUUUUUUUUUUUUUUUUUUGUCAAAACAUUGGCAAGGUUUUUUUUGUUUUUUUAAUUUUUUUUAAUUGUGAUCUGGAAUUCGACAUGGCUAAGUGAUCGCUUGCUACUUUGCGAUAGAAAGAGCUGUCAACUGCUCUAGGAAAAUAAGCUGCCAAUCCGUUGCAGAUGAUCCUUGUCACUUCCUCCCAGCAUCUGACAUCAGAGGAGGCCCGGUCACGCUGUUAUCGGGCCCACUCUGAUGAUAUUCAUUUCUAUCGGGUGGCCCGAACAGCAUGCUCCACCCAAUGGACCUGUUCACGUGCAGCCCCAGCAAUUAUACCACGCGGCGGGCACCCUGGAGUCAUGGGCCUGGUCGCAGCUGCGAUUGUGGUAUUUACGCCACUUGGCUAGGUAAUCAUUGUCCAGAGACCCUUAUUUAGUGUUUAAUCACUUGAAAAAAUUUGAUAGUGAUACAAUGGUUAUAGUUCCUACAGUGUCCCUUUUACAAAUGGCAACAACUAAAUAAUUUAUUUAUUCUUUAUUUUGCUUACAUGAAAGUGUGUGAAUUGUUGAGGAUUCAAAAUGAAUAGAACAUUUUAACCCAAAACAGCCUAACUCAAAAAUACCUGAUUUGGAGAACAUUUUCAUUUUUACCUAAAAUUUGAAAUUCACUUUGAAUUUGUGACAAUUUGCAAUUUAAUGAAUAACCCUGCCAGAGUCAGUCUGCACCAAAAAGAAACACUCUAAAAUUAGAAAUACAUUUUAUUUUUUAACAUUGCAGUAUUCUAUUAAAGGACAUUUUAAAGUUUCACUUUGGGUUUUUUUUUAUAAACAUUUUGAUAUGUAUUUUAUUUAUUUUUUACCACUCAAGGACACAUGACAUGUAUUCCAGAAGUUUGGUCCUUAAGGGGUUAAACUUUAUCUGGCUAAGCAUAUUUUGUUGCUGCUGGUUCACACCAAUCACAACAUUGCUGUCUGUGUCUGUCUGCAGCCCCUUCUCACUCAUUUGUGUUAAAUGUUAUAUUUGUUUGGUCCCAGUCUGUUCACUUGUACCUUCGACAGACUGGGAACACUGUGUGCAGGCAGGCAGGCUCGGAGAAGUGCUCUAAGGGAGGCAUUGUAAUCCAAGCACUAACACUGUCAGAUCCGUUAUGGGUUCUCUAACUGCUCCUGUCAGUGAAAACUAAGGUUUCCCAGCAGAACAUUGCCUUCGGUGGCCUGCCUUCUUCAUAAGUGCAUCCUGCUGUCAUCUCUUCCCCAGGUAAACACACAGGCAGCCGGCCAUUAACCUGAUCUAACAGAAAACAUG